GCAAUUAACGUGCCUGAGAAGGGCCUGAUCAUGGAUCUUUGCUGGAUACAGCUAGUCCUGUCCGGCGUUAAGACAUGGGAGAUACGAUCGACGGACGCCUCCUUCCGGGGCCGCUUUGGCUUGUGCAAGAAAGGUCGCUGCCUUGGCUCAGUGGAACUGGUUGCAGUGCACGAGGUUUCCCGUGACGACCUGGAACAGCAGAGGGACAAGCACCAAGUGCAGGAUCUGUGCGUGUUCGAUUCCAAACCCAGGCUCUUUGCCUGGGAGCUAGCCAGGCCUUGCAAGUUCAUGGAGGCAGUCCAGUACGAUGCAUCACGUGCAGGCCAGCGCUGGAUCAGCCUGCAGAAUACAGUGCUGGCAAAGAAGACUUUGCCUGCCCGAACGGAGGAUGCAUCUCGUUCGUCGUCUGGUUCCGGUCCUAAAGCAGUCUCUCAUGCCAGCUGCGGCAGCAUGCUUCACUGCCUGCGAUGCCUAGAGCGUCGGGAGGCCGCAGGUGAGGGCUUGGAUCAGGACAGCGUGGAAAGCGACCUGCUGUCGGCUGGCCAGGCACUGGACACGGUGCUUGCCCGCCUGCAAGAACCGGACGAGGGCGUGGUAAUGGCUGACGGUGGCGAGGGCUAG